UACAAAGUCAUAUGGAGCCUAGGAGUUCGGCGUGCUCCAUGAGAGCGUUAGAUUUUGUAUCUUUCUAGAGUUUGCAAGUAAGGAUACACGGAUGGACCUUUUGUCAACGCCAAAAUGACUUGGACUCUCCUAAUCGUUUACUUUCUCACAUUAAUUCUAUGUGGCAGCUGUGCAGACUCAGAAGAACGCCUGAUGAACUGGCUGCUGGGAAAGGAUCGUUACAACAAGCUGAUCCGGCCGGCCAUAAACAGAACGGAGCGUGUGACUGUUAAACUUCAGGUGUCUCUGGCCCAACUCAUCAGCGUGAAUGAAAGAGAGCAGAUUAUGACCACCAAUGUCUGGCUCACGCAGCACUGGGUAGACUACAGACUGUCAUGGGAUCCUUCUGAUUAUGAAGGCAUCGAUAAGCUACGUAUUCCCUCCAGACACAUCUGGCUUCCUGAUAUUGUGCUGUAUAACAAUGCUGAUGGUACCUACGAGGUGACAGUGUUCACCAAUGCCAUUGUCCAAUACAACGGCAGCAUCUUCUGGCUCCCGCCUGCUAUCUAUAAGAGUGCCUGCAAGAUCGAAGUGAAGCACUUCCCCUUUGACCAGCAGAACUGCACCCUCAAGUUCCGCUCGUGGACGUACGACCACACGGAGAUCGACCUGGUCCUGAAGUCGGAGGUGGCCAGCAUGGAUGACUUCACGCCCAGCGGUGAGUGGGACAUCCUUGCCCUUCCGGGUAGACGGACCGUCAACCCCCUGGACGCCACCUAUGUGGACCUCACCUAUGACUUCAUCAUCAAGAGGAAACCCUUGUUCUACACCAUAAACCUCAUCAUCCCCUGCGUCCUCAUCACCUCCCUGGCUAUACUGGUGUUUUACCUGCCCUCUGACUGUGGAGAGAAGAUUACCCUGUGCAUCUCUGUCCUCCUGGCUCUCACUGUGUUCCUACUCCUGAUCUCCAAGAUCGUCCCGCCCACCUCGCUGGACGUGCCCCUGAUAGGCAAGUACCUGAUGUUCACUAUGGUACUGGUGACCUUCUCCAUCAUCACCAGUGUGUGCGUGCUCAACGUGCACCACCGCUCCCCCAGCACCCACACCAUGCCCACCUGGGUCAAGCUGGUGUUCCUGGUCAAGCUGCCCGCCCUGCUCUUCAUGAGGCGCCCUCAGAAUAACUCGGCUCGCCAGAAGCUGCGGCUGCAAAGGCAGCUCAGGUCCCGCAGGUCCAUGCUGCGUCUGGGUUACCCCGUCCCCUGUAAGACAGCCCCGGUCUUGUCCUCCUCCUCUGUUUUCCUCUCCACCGCUUCCGCCUUCUCCUCCCCAGGACACUUCAACAACAAGAAUGCAGGCCCACCAGGGUUCAGCCACUCCUCCAGGAAGGGGGACGUCCGUUCCACAGAGCACCUGCCCAACGGUACCUUCCCUUCCAGCCAGGACCUCCGUCUAAGAGGCGGUUCCUACUGGGGGGCCGAGAUGCAGGAGGCCGUGGAUGGGGUCCGCUUCGUGGCUGAUCACAUGAUGGGGGACGACGAUGACCAGAGUCUCUUUCAGAGAGUCAACUUAUUCAGACACGUCCUGACCUCUCUCCGUGGCUUUCUCCCGUUCCCCGUCCGUCCUUCUGUGUUCCCAGGUGAUUGAGGACUGGAAGUACGUGGCCAUGGUGGUUGAUCGAAUGUUUCUGUGGAUAUUUAUCAUCGUGUGCGUCGUGGGCACCCUGGGACUGUUCCUUCAGCCUCUCUUUCAGCACCAUAUCGUCCCCAUCCAGCCUGCUCAUGCAGAGACCCCUCGUAUCUGAGCCCACACGAGGGGUGGGAAGGUCAGGGGAUUUGAUCUAGUGGUUUACAGCAAUACAAGCAACUGCAGCUUCGGUUACAUUGAAGGACAUGUACAGUACUUCCGAAAUGACAUCCAUGCCCUAUGUAUGAGAAGCUAAUUUUGUCUCUGUAGAGUUUAAGAUAUCAUGGACUAUUUGUUUAACAGGACUGAUGCAGGCAAGGCUCAUGUUGUACUUGAGGGAAAGUAAACCGAAUAAUGGCUGUAAUUACAUUUUUGUGUUGAAUGGCAUUACCAACUUGUUCAACUUAAAGGUGUCGUUAAAGAAUGUAUUAAAUGGUUAUACCUUCAA